AUGACGCUAUCAACAAUUUUCCGUUCCAUUCGUCGUUUUUACUUCAACUAUUAUCAUAUCAAAACAUCUUCAAUCUAUCUUCAUUCCGCAUUUACGCGUCGUCUACAAUAUGCCUUUCGAUUAGUUCUUACAUUUCUCAUCGGUAGUUUCGUUGCUUACGCCACACCAUUACGUCUUCAUUUAGGACAAAUCUACAUGAUACCAAACUUAGGAGUUUUAUGUAUACAAGAAACAUUUGGAGCAACUCUAUCAACAACACUUCAUGUCACGUCAGUGAUCAUUCCGCUAUCGAUGUUUCUUUUUCUUAUUCAAACACUCGGCUUGUCUUAUCAAAAUUAUCUCGUCGGAGAAAUCUUAUUGCUUCUUUCUUCGUUUUGUAUUUCAUAUCGAUGUCGAACAUUACAAUUUCGAAAACUUUCUCUUUGGUUCAAUGCCAUCUUUUUUGUUAGUAUUAUCAACGAACAAACAAUUCGUGCCACAUUUGCUUUCGAAUUACUUGCCGAUUUCGUUCUUGGCAUGUUCGUCGCCGUGCUUGUUUCUCUUCUUUUCUUUCCUCUCUUCGCCACAUUAGAUAUCGAAAAUCGUGUCAAUUAUUGUUUAUUUCAUCUCGAUCAAAUGCAAGCGUUUCUUAUUCAAGCAUUUCUCUGUUAUGACUCAACAGCUGCGAAAGUUUCAUUAGCUCGUGCUGCCAUUGUCGAACGACGAUUGAGAAACACUAUGAAUGAAACGAGACAACGACUCAACGAAGUUUAUCUCGAACCGUGUCGAUUAUUACAAUGGAUAUUUACUCGACAUCGAAAUGAGAUUUUCAGUUUAUCGAUUGAACAACAGGUAGAUUUGAUCACAUCGUUGAUGUUCCAUGUUUGUUCGUUACAAGCUAUGAUUGAACAAUGUACGUUUAAUAAAUAUCAUCAAGAUCUGGUCAAGCAAUUAGAAUCAAAUUUAUUAGAUUUCAUAUCGAAUCAAUCGAUGGUUAUUGAUAGUUUGAUUUCCUCGUCGUUAGUUAAUACAGAUACAUUCCAUAACCGAUUAACUAAUUUACAAUUAGCAAUAGAAUCGUUGAAUUCGGCGUACAAACAAGUUCGUCUUCAUCGUAUUGAAGAGGUUUUUCUCACAGGUACCAAGACACAGUCCGACGACCAUCUUUCUCAUACAUUCUUCUUCUUUCAACUUGACGCAAUCGCUCGUUUAUUAACACAAAUAACUACAAUCAACCGUCAACGAGAGAAAACAUCGAAAACCACUCAAAAUUAUUUCAGCAUUCAAAAUUUUGCUAAUGGACAAUGGAUCCUUAUUGGUCUUUGUAUGACACAAGGUGAUACGGUUGGUGGAGCAUUGACAACGAUGAAAUUGAGAUUAGUUGGCACUUUACUCGGUUCUAUGUGGGCAUAUGCGAUCUAUGCAGCAGUUGGUGAGGAAUCGUAUAAGAUUUUUGCCAUGCUCGUUCCCUGGUUAUUGUUAUGCGGCUAUUUGAAAUUGAUCCCUCAGUGGGAUUAUGCUGCAACAGUGGCUGCAUCGACUCCGAUCGUUGUGAACUUAGGUCGAUUGUAUGGCGAUGUUUUCCGUCAAGGAAAUUAUGUUCUUCUUCGUAUUCAAGAGAGUAUUAUUGGUAUCGGUGUGGGUAUGUUUUUGACUGUUUUAAUCUUUCCAACGUUUGCUGUGGAUCUAUUGAAAACUAAUAUUCAAGAUACAUUGAAAACAUGCCGUCCAUCAGCAUGCUCGAAGAUAUUCGCUAAUUCUCAACGAAUUCAAUUGAAUUAUGCCUCGCUCGAACCAUCAAUUUGGUGGUUCAAUUAUGGAUUUUCACCAAGUCAAUAUGAUCUCUUGAUUAAACAACAACUUGAUAUGUUUCGAAUGUUACAUAACAUGCAUGCGACAUUAAUGCAGAUUAAUGAUUGUUCAAUGGAUGAUAAGAAUCAAAUUGAUGAGUUACGAUUAAACGCUGCUGGCGGACGAUUUCUUCCUGAUCUACACGGUGAACUGUUGGAUUUAAGUCGGCAAUUAAGUGAUUGCAUUGAUCUCUGGAUAUCUUAUUUGACUUUAACACAUACGACAUAUUAUCGAUGA